AGUGGCAACACAUCAACCAACAACAUGAUGGGCAAGAUCAUCUUCUACGAGGACAAGAACUUCCAGGGGCGCUCCUAUGAGUGCAUGAGCGACUGCCCCGACAUGUCCGCCUUCCUGAGCAGGUGCCAGUCCUGCAGGGUGGAGAGCGGCUGCUUCAUGGUCUAUGACCGCACCAACUUCAUGGGAAACCAGUUCUUCAUGAGGAAGGGAGAGUAUAAUGACUACAUGAGCAUGAUGGGCAUGAGAGAUUGCAUCAGGUCUUGCCGCAUGAUCCCCAUGCACAGAGGACAGUUCAGGAUGAAGAUCUACGAGAGGGAGAACUUCGGUGGUCAGAUGAUGGAGCUGGUGGAUGACUGCGACAACAUCAUGGACCGUUUCCGCAUGUCCGACUGCCAGUCCAGCCAGGUGUUGGAAGGCCACUGGCUACUGUAUGAGCAGCCCCAGUACAGAGGCAGGAUGAUGUACCUGAGGCCCGGAGAGUACAGGAACUUCAGGGAGAUGAGCAUGAGUGGCAUGAAGUUCAUGAGCAUGAGGCGUAUUGUGGACUCUUGCUACUAA